AUGCCUCUUACACCUCCUGCUGAGCCGGACCCGGAACCAAAAAUGAACUGGGCAUCGUUUUAUGCUGUCAUCAGCGGGGUGAACAGACACUCCACGGGCAUCGGUCGCAUCUGGCUCUGUCUCUUCAUUUUUCGCAUCCUGGUUCUGGUGGUGGCAGCGGAGAGCGUGUGGGGCGAUGAGAAGUCCGGCUUCAUUUGCAACACUCAGCAGCCGGGCUGCAACAGCGUCUGCUAUGACCACUUCUUUCCCAUCUCCCACAUCCGCCUCUGGGCGCUCCAGCUCAUCCUGGUUUCAACCCCUGCCCUGCUGGUAGCCAUGCAUGUGGCCCACCGUCGCCACGUGGACAAGAGGAUCUACAAACUCUCAGGGCGAUCCAACCCCAAAGACCUGGAGCAGAUAAAGACUCAGAAGAUGAAAAUCUCAGGGGCUCUCUGGUGGACCUACAUUAUCAGCCUGUUUUUCCGCAUUGUCUUUGAGGUCACCUUUAUGUAUUUGUUUUACAUGAUCUACCCUGGGUACAAGAUGAUCCGCCUGGUGAAGUGUAACUCGUACCCCUGUCCCAACACGGUGGACUGCUUCGUGUCGAGGCCCACGGAGAAAACUGUCUUCACAGUGUUCAUGCUGGCUGUGUCAGGGGUUUGUAUUAUACUCAACAUUGCAGAGGUGCUGUUCCUGGUGGGGAAGGCCUGCGGUAAGCAUUUGCACUCUGCUGGAGAGUCGACUGUGGGGGCUUGGAUCCAACAGAAACUCUGCUCGUAGUAACAACACAGAUUUCAAACUAGUCCAAAGGGAUGCAUACUUGCACUGAAAAAGCUGAAACGUUGACCUUAAUUAAAUGUUUUAUGUCAACAGUUUUCACAUAACUGUAUUAGGUUAGUUGAAGGCAAUAAUAUUCAAUUCAACUUGAUUUUUUUGCUUUCAAUUAAGCUAACACAGUUAUAUUAAAUGUGUUGACAUUCAAUUAAAGUCAACAUUUCAGUUUUUUUCAGUGUAAAUCCAAGUGACAGCCAUGAAUUCAACUUGAGUAAGGUGUAUAUAAUAAACUGUAUAUCGCUGUUUCAUAUGCAAGUGAUUUGUCUAAUGGUUGGGUAUUUCAGAGACAGGGCAUUCUACUCCAAAGCGGAGACGAAGCAGUGUUCAGUGAACCUGUUAUAUCCUUACCAGAUUUAAGAAUAUAUUUCAAAUAAUUCCCAAAGAAACUAUUUAGUAUUCUUUAAACAUUUUCUGCAGUGAACUCAAAAUCUGUACACCGCAGCGCGUUAUACUGGCACAACCUCAAAGCUUGAGGUCACACUGAAAAAAUGUAAACGUUGACAUUAAUUAAAUGUAUGUCAACAAAUUACACUUCAUUGUAUCAGGUUAGAUUAAAGCAAUAAUAUUGAGUUGAGCCUUGUUUGUUUUAUUUAAACUUAAUAUCAUUACAUUCAAUUAACCUAUUACAAUUUUGUGUAAUUUGUUAACAUUAUACAUUUAACUAAUAUAUUAUUUCAGUUUUUUCAGUCCAAAUAAAGUUACGUGUACUCAUUGUAUAGAUAAGAAAUAUUUCUAUUGAUCACAUUAGAGGCUUUUUCUUGUCAGGUGCUUUGAUUCCUACAAUGGUUGACUGUAAUUUGAUGAGGAUUUUUAGUCUUGAAAUAAUUAAAUUUUGACAUGUGAUACGUGUUAUUUGAAAUCAUUAGGUUGUGUCUAAAAGUGUGCCGGAUAAAUAUCAUGAUCAUUGAAAUGUAUAAUAAUCAGUGUAUAUGAUCCCAAAUUUCAUGCUUUUAUCUAAAUCAUAAGGACUAAAGGAAUGAUGGCUUUUCUUCAGCAGGCAUAAGCUAGAUUUAGUACUAAUACAUAAAAAAACACGUGCAAUGAUCCAGUGUUUGUUUAAUACCGAUGCUUAACUUUGGUGGUUAAAUUGCUUAGAUAUAAAAAAGCAAUUGCCUACAUUAUUAAGAUAAACUUGAAUUGCGAUUAUUUAUUUUUUUAAAUGUACUAGUUAUCGCUACACCUGUGAUUUAAAUGUAUCCAUUUUGAAGCUGGAUGUUUGUUUAUUGUCAAUGCAUUGCAAAUAGUCACUAAAUCGUAGAUGUUAUUAACAAAUAAGAAAACAACUAUUAUAGAUGCUGAAAUUACUCUUGUGUAAUGUCUUUGGCUUCUGACAAUUUCUCCAGAGGGAGUGCUCCAUUAUAUGACAGAUUUAAACUGCUGGUUGUGUUGUUUAAUUGCCUGACCAAGUGGAAAAAGUUCAUGUAAUACCUGAAAUAGCCAGAAAGCAACAGUAAUCUGUAAAAAAGAAAUUAUCACUGGAAUCAGAGUGGUGCCACGUUCUUUAGCUGUCCUUAGUGCAACUGGGACCAAAUCAACAAUAAAAAUCAUGUGAAUGAAACUCGGAGAUCCCCAGAGCCAUAUUGCCACCUGUGAGGAAUUGUCUCCUGCUGAUUAAGUCCUUCUUAAAAGCUCUUACAGGCCAGAGGGCAGAGUUUGAUGUUAUCAAUAGCCAGGCCACGCACGGGGUCAGUGUGUGGGUGACAAUGGUCAACACCACGGACAGCUGGACCUGCCAUGACCUGCCUACCUCACAUGAGGACACUUCUCUUUUUAUGGAACACGUCGACACCACUCCAAACACAAACACCAUGUAUGGAGUUCCAAUUGGCAGCAAAAACAAAUUCCUUAAUACUGUUAGAAGUUAUAUGAGGUGUAUCUCAAUCCCGCAUGUUGUUAAAAGGAUUGGAAAAGUUAUUUUAGAGAAGGUCAUCAUAAUGAGGCUGAUUUUUAUGAUGAUCUUUUGUAUUAAUGUGAAUUAAAAAUGAGUCAGUUAUUGUGUUAAAGAAAAAGACGGCAAAACCUAAAGUACCUGGACUAAAAGUACUCUCUACAGUCCCUUUAGAAUAUUAAACCAUGAUGAACAGUAUACAAAAGGCAAGGCAAGGCAAGUUUAUUUAUAUAGCACCUUUCAACAUAAGGCAAUUCAAAGUGCUUUACAAACAUGAAAGACAUUAACAGCAGUAAAAAAAAACAGUGCAGCAUAAACACAUUAUAAAAGGGCAUUUAAAAACAGUCAAAAGUAUAUUGUGAUGUUGUUAUUAUUUUACUUUUCAUACGCAGUAUUUUAAAGUGUGCAGAAAAUGUUAACUCAUUUAUUUUAUGUCUAACAGUGUAAUCCGUAACAAUAAAGCACAUUCUAAAGCUGCACUUUUAAUAUUUUAAUAUCUUUCUAUGGUCUAUAAUGUACUGGAUAUAUCUGCAAAUAGCACUGUUAAUUUACUGUAAAUUAAUGUUCACUAUAAAUGUUCGUAACGCAUUAUGACCAUUAUAAAACCCAUAUACAGCAUUUUUAUUAUGACUUACAAGGUUGAGGACCAUGAUACUUCAUAAUUGCUGGUUAUCAAUGACACUUUUUUUUUGUGCAAAGAUCAUAAAGUAUUGUAAUCGUAACAGCUGUAAUCUGUAAUUAUGUUCAUUAUAGUGCAUUAUAAUGUGAUUA